AUGGAGAUGAUUAAUAUGCCUCAUUUGCGGCACGCGCUCCCCUGCUACGGCGCUACGGCGCUACGGGCCGGCUACGGGCUAUCGGCUACGAGACGAAGCUACGACUCGAAUACGAUUCCGUAUGCCGACAAGAUCACUCCGGAGCCAAUCCUGAACAACAAUGCGGCCCGGGACACAAAAGCGGACUCGAUCAGGAACAGUUAUAAUAGCCAAUUCAAAGUUGGCAUUUACGGUUGGCGGAAGAAAUGCCUUUACAUUCUUGUCAUGGCCCUCAUGUUUAUGAUGAUUGUAAAUCUCGCUUUGACGCUGUGGGUUUUGAAGGUUUUAGAUUUUAAUUCGGAAGGAAUGGGCCAGCUUCGAAUAGUACCAGGUGGACUCCAGCUGCUCGGUCAAGCUCUUGUGCUGGAUUCUUUAUUCGCAUCAAGCAUAAAAUCGCGGCGAGGAUAUCCGAUUAGCUUCGAAUCAUCCAGGAAUUUUACAGUAUCCACUCGAGAUGCACUUGGUAUAGUGCAGAGUAGACUCUAUUUAGGUCACGAUCGCUUCGAAGUGAAUGUGGCCCGCCUCGAGAUUCGAGACUCUCGCGGUGGUUUACUCCUCGGAGCCGCCCAAGACUCGGUCACGGUCGGCGCGGACAAUUUGCUCGUAUCCAGCCCGGCCGGGGCAUCUUUCAACACGGCGGUACAAACUCCGCUCGUUAAAGCACCGCCCUCUAAACAACUGAUGUUAGAAUCACCGACGCGUUCCCUAGAGAUGCACGCGUCGCAGACGAUUGCGCUGGAGUCCCGCGCAGGUGAUAUCAGCGCUAGUUGUCUGACUACUUUUAAAUUGCGCUCCAUUGCUGGUUCGAUAAGACUAGACGCCCCAAGUAUCUACAUGCCAAAAUUAAAAUCUGCGCUACCGUUACCAGCAUCAGCAUCUCACACGCACGAUCCUCACCAUCAAAAUAUAUACCAGCUAUGCGCGUGCGCAAAUGGUAAACUAUUUCUCGCCCCACCGCACGGCGUGUGCGCGGCGCGCGAGGAAAGUCUUAUAUGUCGAUGA